AUGCCGCGUCACUGCUCUGCUGCCGGCUGCUGCACUCGGGACACGCGAGAAACGCGCAACCGCGGCAUCUCAUUCCACAGACUCCCCAAGAAGGACAACCCAAGGCGAGGCUUGUGGCUAGCCAACUGCCAGCGACUGGACCCCAGCGGCCAGGGCUUGUGGGACCCGGCAUCCGAGUACAUCUACUUUUGUUCCAAGCACUUCGAGGAUAACUGCUUCGAGCUGGUGGGGAUCAGCGGCUAUCACAGGCUGAAGGAGGGGGCAGUCCCCACUAUAUUUGAGUCUUUCUUCAAGUCUCGGCGGGUGUCCAAGACCAAAGGGCGCGGCUAUCCCCCUGCACCCCCUAACCUCAGCCGGCUCCAGCGAUGCAGGAAGCGUUGCUCUGAGGGCAGGGGACCCACAUCUCCAUUUUCUACACCUCCCACCGCGGACUUCCUCUACUUUCCCCUGGAAGAGGCCUCAGCACCUGCGGCCCUGGUGACCUCCCCUGCCGGAAGGCUGGAGCCUGGCCUCAGCAGCGCCUUCUCAGACCUUCUUGGGCCCCUGGGCGCCCAGGCUGAUGAAGCCGGCUGUAGUGUCCAGCCUUCUCUGGAACGUGAGCCCCAGCGUCAGCCCUGCCCCCUGGAGCCUCGGCCCAUCUCCCCUUCAGCCUACAUGCUGCGACUGCCGCCACCUGCAGGGGCCUACAUCCAGAAUGAGCACAGCUACCAAGUGGGCAGCGCCUUGCUUUGGAAGCGGCGGGCAGAGGCUGCCCUAGAUGCUCUGGACAAGGCCCAGCGCCAGUUGCAGGCCUGCAAGAGGCGGGAGCAGCGGCUCCGAUUGCGACUGACUAAGCUGCAGCAGGAACGGGCUCGGGAGAAGCGGGCGCAAGCAGACGCUUGCCAGACUCUGAAGGAGCACGUGCAGGACUUUGCCAAGCAACUGGGCAGCAGUGUAGCCUGA